AUGAUUCCCGCUAUCCUGACCGGAGUUUCCAUGCUUGCAGGCUCUGCCUACGCUUCGGCCGUGCAGCCCGUUCGUGCAACCGGAGGAUGCGCCAACAUCAACUCGUACUACCCGGAGACCGGAACCACCGGCUAUUUCAUGCUUGUUGCCAGCGACUGCAAGAACGUGACGGCUCCGGAUCAGGCUUGCCCUAUUGAGGGAUUUGGUGAUACUAGCGUUGUCUUCCGCACUGCUGGAGAGACUGGUAUCCACGAGGGAUAUAUCGCGAUCGGCUCCGAAAACGACGAGGCCAAGAACCCUAUCAUCUGCGAUGACUCCUCUCCUUCUAUCCUCAACGGUCUUGUUGAGACCGGCGUGAGCGGAUACAGCUACCAGCCCUUGAACAUCAGCUCUAUCCCCUAUACCGCUCUCUUGAUGUGGGGAUUGCCCGAGGAGGCGUCCGUCCCGGUCGACUUCUACCACCACUAUGUGAACGGCACGCAGCAGGAUGGGCUGUUCAUUGGCGCCAACAAUGUCACUACAUGGGCUAUUAAGGAAUACUCUGAUUCUGGUUCCAAGUUGCCGUACUGGUUGUUCCGGUUGUUGGGGCCUGACAGUGAGGAUCCCAUCACCGGUGCGGCAUUGGAGGAGGGUGAGUUGGUUACCUAUAUUAAGGUUAGGUAUUGA